AUGGAGAGGCCGGAGCCGCUCGGGAGAGGCCAUCUCUCCCGCCGCCCCCAUUCGCGCGCCUCCCUCUCACCCACCUUGCGAUCUCUCGGCUCCCCCCCGUACGCCCCCCCCCCACACCGGGCUCCCCGCUUUCCGGUCUCCCCGGCAACCCAGCUAACUUCCUCAGGCUUCGUGGCCUCCGGCAAGCGGGUGGACCAGGAGGGCGGCCUGGUCCGCGUUGUCAGAGAAGCGUGGACCGGGGCCGCGGCGGCGGCGGCAGGAGGCGGAGGAUGCGGGCUCCGGCGGCGGCGGCGGCGGCGGCGCGGGCCCGGGAGGACGCGGGAGGAUGAGGAGGAGGCCGGCGGUCCGGCCGCGCGGCGCCGGGAGGAGGCGCAGGCGGCGGGGGCGGCGGCGGGCGGCGGCGGGCGCGCGGGGUGCGGGCCGGCUCGGGCGCGGAGGGUGAAGUGGAGCGUCCGCGGGGCCUGCGCCGCGCUCUCUUCCUGCCUCCUGCUCGCCUGCGCGCUCAGCGCCGCCGCCGUCGGCCUCAAGUGCUUCUCGCUGGGCUCGGAGCUCCGCGGGGAGCCGUUCCGGCUGGGGGCGGCCGCCGGUGCCUUCUACUCAGGGCUGCUGUUGGCCGCCGGCCUCUCGCUGCUCGGCGCCGCCCUGCUCUGCUGCGGGCCCCGGGAAGCGCCCCUUGCGGGGCCGGGGUCGGGCCCCGGGCUCCGGGUCUCCGCAGCCCCGGGAGACUCUCCAGAGGCUGCGCCGGGAGAGCCGGGGGCCGCAGCCGGGCCCCCGGGGCCGGUGAACAGCCAGAACCUGCUCCUGCUCGGCGUCCUCGUCUUUAUGCUCGGCGUCCUCAGCGCCUUCGCGGGCGCGGUGAUCGACGGCGACACCGUGUCCCUAGUGGAGCGCAAGUACUCCCACUACUGCCUGCCCCCGCGCGCGCCCGCCGCGGCCCCCGGCCCCGCGGCGGCCGCCCCCGGCCCAGCCCCCGGCGCGCCGCGCGCCCGCAGCACCUUGGACAGCGCCACGUCCGCCAAGUGCCGCCAGCUGAAGGACUACCAGCGGGGCCUGGUGCUGUCCACCGUCUUCAACUCGCUCGAGUGCCUCCUGGGCCUGCUCAGCCUCCUGCUGGUCAAGAACUACAGGUCGUCACAGGCCCGGCGCGGCCGGCGCGGCCGGCGGAGGGGCAGUCGGGCCCUGGCGCGGCCCCGCAGCGGCCCGGGUCUCCGAGUGCAGCUGCCAGCCUCCCGGGUGCGGCGGGGCCGGCGGGGCCGGCGGGGCCGACGGCUGCAGCCGCGCCCCAGCGAGGCUUCCAUUCUGUCUCCGGAGGAGUCGGACUUCGCCGCCCCAGGGGACUGCGUGGGAUUCGCGGCGAACCACGCCGUCUCCUACAUCAACGUGGGCGUCUCCCACGCGUCAGACGAGGCAGGUGUGGAGGUGUGCUGCGGCGGGCACCCGUCCGUGGAGCUCCCCGGCUAUGCGCCCUCGGACCCCGACCUCAACGCCUCCUACCCCUACUGCUGCCGGCCGCCCUGCGAGGCGGCGCGCCCCUGGGAGCCAGGCCGGGUGUGCUGAGCCCGGGACGGAACGCGCAGCGUGCUUCCCAGCCCGCCACCACCGCGAGGAGGCUGGGGCUGGCGAGGCGCGGAGUGAGGCCUCGGCCGUGGGGGCGCACCUCCAGGGCCUGUCAGCCCAGCGUGAGGCCUCCCCGCCAGGAGAAUGGCCCUCCGGUGUUAUCAUUUCUGUGUCUGGGAGGUUUCUCUUCUUUUCUGUGUCUCUUCGUAUCCGGAUUCCAUUUUAAAGUUUACAAUAAAUGUUUGGGGUUAGCUCACCUCAACCGCACUUCUCCUUGGCAAGUCCGUUCCCGGGGGCGACACUCCCAGGUCCCGGGUGAGAGCUGCCGCGCAGGGCGAUCCCGCGGGAGGAAGACUCCUCCGGCCCAGAGGACAGAAGGACAACUCCAGGAACGAAGGCGCGGGAAGCACCCGACAGCAACACUUUGUACACGGAUGUGCCUGCUUUGUUGAUAAUUUCUUACUGUAAAGCUCCAUAAACAGUGGAAAUGUUUGGUAAAUUUAUUGCAAUUU